AAUAACAACAAACACACACAUGAGAGGCUAUUUUCCUUUCCGCGGAAGAAGUUAGAAACGUGUAACACUCCUGUAAAAGGUGUCUAGUUAACAGACACUCUGCUGACGUCGCCAUCUUUGAGCAGAUGUCACUGGUGUAUCUCGGGCAGCAGCUGCUGGAGGCGGUGCGAGGUGGACAGGAGGAUGAUGUCAAAGCUCUGAUGGCCAAUGGGGCUCCAUUCACUACAGACUGGCUUGGCUCGUCGCCGCUGCAUCUCGCAGCCCAGUACGGCCAUCACUCCACGGCCGAGGUGCUGCUGCGUGCCGGGGUCAGCCGGGACGCCCGGACCAAAGUGGACAAGACCCCUCUUCACAUGGCGGCCACGGAGGGUCACUCCACCAUAGUGGACCUGUUAGUGCAGAACGGCGCCGACAUCAACGCCAGAGACAUGCUGAAGAUGACGGCGCUGCACUGGGCGGCUCAGCACGGCCACAGGGAGGUGGCCGAGCUGCUGCUGAGGUACGGCGCCGACGUCCACUGCCUCAGCAAGUUCGACAAGACGCCCUUCGACAUCGCCAUGGAUACCAGCAACACGGAGCUGAUGAUACUGCUACAGGACGGCAUGCAGAACCAGGUGAACAUCGAGCCAGAGUCCCAUUACAUCAUCCGUGCCGGUGGGCUGGUCAACCUCUCGGAGCUGGUCAACGCCACCAAGAACGGCGCAGGCAAAUCAGAGGACGCCAUGGCGGCCGAGUCGGUGGAAACGACCGUUCAGCAUGUGGUGGGCGACGGCGGGCAGAGGGUCAUCACCAUAGUGACGGACCAACACGGCAACCUGCAGCCGGCGUCCCUGGGCCAGCAGCUCUUCUUCACCCUGCAGGGGCAACAGAUGGUGGCUUUGCCAGCCAGCGCAAUCACAGAGGAGGUGGUCGUGGAGGAGCCUCAGCAGGCCACGCCCACACGCAAGAGGAAGACUGACCCCGCAGCCAAUCACGUCAGCCUAAAAGACAAGAAGGUCAAAGAAAGUCGUGAGCAGCUGCAGCGCCAGCUGCAGGAAGCCAAUCUUAAAGCCCAGGAGUACCAGCAGCAGCUCCUGGAGAAGGAGCAGGAGGCCGAGCAGUAUCGCCUUCAACUGGAGGAGGCCAUAGCAUCCAGUAACAACAGAAUGAACAACGGCAUCGCCGCGACGACGGACACCUUAAACGACGGAGGUAUGGUGAAGCAGGAGGACGAGGAGAUGAUGGUACAGGAGCAGGUGGAGACGACGGAGGAGGCCCCAGCAACAGAGGUGGAAGAAGAGGAGGGGGAAGACAGGAAGGUGGAGGAAGAGGUCAUCUGUGAACUUCCAGAAGAUGUAAUUCUUGCAAAUGAGCGCGAGCUGGAUGUGGAAGUCGAGUCAACAGAGGAGACACACAAGUCUUCCCCCUGUCGGCGAGGACGAGGUAGAAGUAGAGGCAGAGGCAGAGGAGGACGCAGACGCUAGUCCACAUGUUCUGUUAUUAUCUAUUUAAUGGAUUUUGUAACCUUUUGUAAGACUUUUCUUGCGGCACAAACAUCAAGAUGACUUUAGGUCUACAUCACUUUAUAGGACUUUACAUUAAGCACGCACACUGAGCCUGGAGAGGAAAUAUGGCAUCAUCAUGGACUUUGGAAGAGGAUCAGUUCUUUAUAGUUUAUCUCUCUAUCUUUGUGUUUUCUUAACUCUGGCUGUAUUUUCAUGAUCAGACUCCAAACUGAAUGCUAGCUGAGUGCUCGCUAAAUAACUAACCUUUUAUAAGUGUGUUAAUUCCUUACUCUGUGUUGUAUUUUGUAAACUUUUAAAGUGCAGUGUGUGAGAUGUGGCCACAUGCUUCAAACAAAUAGCGGGCAAAAUUUCACAUCUACUACUGGGUCCAUACAAUCUAAAUUUAUAAUCAUCAAUUAUGUAAAAGAAAAAGCUAAUUCUACCCAAAUAAUAUUACUAUUAUAAUCUUCCCACGUGGCGUCGGCCUAUAGUUCACGUUAGCCAUCUUUGUUUUUACUGUCACCAUACCGAGGGCUGUUAUGUCAAUGUAUGUUUUGAUAUCAAAAGUGGCAGAAAAUGACUCAUAAUUUCGUUCCUUCUGUUAGCUUUUAUCUGUAGCAACUGUUUGUUUAACGGCAGCAACAGAAUGUUUGCUGGUCUGGUUGGGAGUGCGAGUUGCUACCGCUAACCGCUAACUGAAUGGCCGUCUCCUGGAGCUACUGCAGGCCCUCCUCCCAGCAAAGUAGUCUCCUGGUGGCCGGGAGAACCAAUGGAAAUAUGAGUCCUUACUUAUUUAUGCCACUUUUGGCGCACACAUUACAGUAUUAUUGACCAAACUUCUCCAUAUUUCCACUUUGUCUAUGUUAUUUUCUUGUUUCUGGGUUUCUUCUACUUUGGAUUUGGAUCCAAUAAUCAAACUAUCAAAACACACACACCGACCAUGGCAGUCCUAUUGACAAGCCCUUGGUCUACUCGGCUCUACUUCUUUGUCCUCUCAUUUCGGGAUCAUUCUCAUUUGAAUUGAUAGCUUUCCAACACUAUAGACUCUGACAUAACGUCAAAACUAUAAGCUCUUCAGGUUUACCCCAGAAAUUCUGGCAUAUCUUACACAUUGCAGCUUUAAGUUUGAAGUAUUAUUGUGUUUAUGUUGUAUUUUUAUGACGGGCCUCGUGCCGCGGGGCCCUCAGACUGUGAUGUGUCGCUCAGUGGAGGUGCACUGUACGGUCAGAGAUAAUCAUGAAGCGAUUACAGUAAGAGUGAUAUCUUAUCCAGGGUGACCUGCAGUGAGCAGAUAGGAGCUCGGGGUCGGGCACAAGGACACUUCCACUGAAUGCACGGUUGACGGACACACUUCUAUCUUUUCUGGGAAUCAAACCUGUGACCUUUAUAUGUUUAGAGCAGCGUCUUUACUUACUCAGCCACCGUAAACUCAGCUAUUUAACUGUGUAUUGUUAUUGGUUUAAUAUGAGUUAGAACCACACAGAUCUGAAGGAGAAAACAAAAAGAGGAUGAAAAAUGACAUUUUAAUGACAAAUUCUGUUUACGACUUGUUUACAUGACAGUUUUCACAAAUGUCUUUUGUGAGCAGCAGUAGUGCCAUUAUGACGAGAACAAAUUAGCAAAGUCGGACUUUUGAGCCCGAAAACAUUUUUGAUUAAAUGGCCUAAAACAAGUCUUUGUCUGCAGUCAUCAAUUAAACAAGCUUGAUUGUUUUUUGUUUUACUUCCAUUAAUUAUACAGCACAUCUUCUCAUUGUUAAAACUGUCAGGGGACAUUUGUUUACGUGUUUACACUUUAAGAGCUUUAUUCAUCAGAAUAUCUUCUUUUUUUGAAGUUUGUAAAAAGUAAUUAUGUAUUUUUUUUUGUCUGUUUUUGUCAUU